AAUAAUCAAAAACUCUAUGAUUAAUCAUUAAUAAUUAAUUAAUAAUAAUUUUAAUUUUAAAACAACUAAUGAAAAAUUACGUAAACGUGGUUUUGUGUAAUGACAAAUACAAAACGAGUUUGUUGAUAAUUGUAAAGCAAAUGUGGGAUCAAUACCAGUAGAGAUGGAAACUACGGAGACGACGUAGUCAAUGUCAACAACACGUUAAUAUUAAUAUAUUUUAACUUGAUUUUAUUUAUUUGAAGUUUUAACAAUGGAUAACGAUCAGUUUUCAAAUUCAGUGCUGCUUAAUACAUUUAUUAUUAAGAAGAAACGCUGCAGAGUUUAUUUUCAUAAAGGAACUCUCAUUUGGGAGACCGAAAGACCACCUUACAUAAGGUGGACACUGCCGCUGACAGAUGCCCUGGCUGUUAAUUACGGUGAUGAUUAUAUCCCAGAGACGAGGAUUAAAGAAAAGGAUCCAGAUGCUAUCGGUGCUUCAUCACCGACUAGUUUCAUUCUUCACUAUGCAGCGAGAGGCCCAAAAAAUCGUUGGAGCCAUCACAAUGUUGUGAUGAGCCAUACCGAUCCGAGACAAGUGGCUUCUUGGGUGAAAACUAUAAGGAAUUAUUUACUAAGUAUUGCUCACCGACCGAGGCGAAUAAUUGUAUUCGUAAAUCCAUUUGGAGGCAAAAAGAAAGGCAACAAGAUAUGGGAGAAACAAGUACAGCCGCUGAUGAAAAUAGCUGGUGUUGAGACUAAAACUAUUAUCACCGAGAGAGCUGGACAUAUUCAUGAUUGUUUGCUCAAUUCUAACUUGGAUGACAUUGAGGCAGUAGUUUGCGUUGGUGGUGACGGAACAUUUGCGGAAGUAUUCAACGGCCUGAUACUGCGAGCAGCUAAAGAUCACCAAGUGGAUCCAAAUAACCCUGAUGUAACGCUUCUAACGCCAAAGUUACCCGUUGGUGUGAUACCAAGCGGGAGUACUGACACAGUUGCUUACAGUCUUCACGGUACUACGGACGUCCAAACAGCCGUGAUCCAUAUAAUAUUCGGUGAUACUGCAGGCCUGGACAUCUCUUCAGUCCACGGCGAUAGAACACUUCAGCGGUUGUACGCCAGCGUUCUCAGCUACGGCUACCUCGGAGAUGUGAUCCGCGACAGCGAAAAGUUCCGCUGGAUGGGGCCCCAGCGUUACGAUUACUCCGGCUUCAAAAAGAUAAUCGCGAACCGUGGUUAUGAAGGAGAAAUAGAAUUACUCUCAGAUCCUUGUCAUCCAGCAGCGAGUACUCGCUGCAUGAAAAAUUGCACUCGCUGUAUCCGACACAUGCACAACAGCAUCGCUGAUAAGGAAAUUGCGAGGUGGCUCACGGUUAGAGGGAAGUUUUUUAUGGUGAAUGGUGCUAAUGUCUCAUGUGCUUGCUCAAGAAGUCCUCAAGGAUUCAGUCCACAUUGUCACAUUGGGGAUGGCUGCAUUGAUAUUAUUCUAGUCCGACAUACGUCAUUGUUUAAUAAUAUUAGAAUGCUGCUAAGAUUGACCAGUAAAAAUAAAACUGUUUAUGACUUACCAUUUGUUGAAGUAUACCGAGCCCGUGAAUUUACAUUCCGAGCAUCAUCCGCAACAGAAUCGUCAAAUGACACGACUGUUAACACUAGCUCACAAUUAAGCGUCUGGAAUUGCGACGGUGAAGUACUUCAACACGCUGACGUAAAAAUACGGGUUCACUGCCAAUUAUUGAAGGUGUUUACAAGAAGAAUGCAAGACCCUAUUGAAGAGCCCAAAUGUUUUUGUUUUCCGUAAAUUAAAUCCAAAAGACAUUUGACAAAAGAAUCUGCAAUCUGUAAGAGAAAAAAAAAGGUUUAAAUAAUUGAUAUUAAAUAUAUUAACAAGAAUUAAUAUAAUGAAAAAAAAAAAAAAAAAAAAAAUGCAGGGUGAAAUGCAAUAAUUUUGGUAGAUUCUGUGAAUCUUUCCAAUUAUACUUUACUUCAAUGCGUUUACUCAAUUAUUAUUAUUUAAAUUAAGAGUGCACAUGUAUUUAUAUUUAUAGUUAGAUUUAAGUUCUUAGAUAUUUUUUUUACUUUCGGAUUAAACGCGCGAUCCGAUAAAAUGUAUUUAUGCUCGCCUUAAAUUUAGAAUAAGCCGAAAUUUUUUCUAGCGACGUAUUUUUAUUUACUCAGUUUCUUCUUUUAGUGUAAAUUUUGUGUAAAAAUAUUUUCGUACUUAAAUCUUUCCACUAUGUAUUACAUUAUAGAAUUAUAAAAUUAUAAAUAGUAAAAAUUAAUUAUUUAAAAUUAGUGAUAGUAAAAAAAAUAGAAUAGAGUAUUUUUUAGAAAAUUUUAGGGAAGAAAUAUAAAUUAUCUUUAUAAUAAUUUAUUCCGUUCGCAAUCAUGGCUGUUAAAAAAUGCAAUUAAAGUUCUUUUUUUAAUGAAAUUUAUUAAAUAAUUAAAUACUGUAAAUAGUGAGUUAAUUUAAAUUAAGGGUAUGAAAUAAUUGUUACAGUUACAUAUCAAGACAUUUUAAAACAUACAUGUGUUGUGCAUUUUUCAGUACACAAGUGGUUACAUCACUGUUGUUUUUAAUUUUUUAAGUGUAUUAUUAACAUUUUUACCUUUGGUGGAUUUUUCUUGCCCUUUUUAUGUUUAUAUGGUGUGAUCGAGAUAUUAAAUGGAAGCUCAUGAGUAUUUUUAAUAAAUUUUCCAGACGAACGAAUCGUGACGAAUUAUUGUGAUAAAUAAAUACAAAUAUAAUAUAUAUUAAAGAAGUAAUGAAUCGAAUAGUAUUGGAAAGCUUUUAAAAGAUGUAAGGAAUAUAAAUACAUAAAUAUAUAUUUAAUUCUAAUUCUAAGUAAUACAUUUAUUUCAAUCUAUGACGAUAUUUUGUGUAUUUUAUUGAUAUAACUUAAUAAAUAAAUUUUCAAUCAAUAAA